AUGAAAGCAGCACGCUACCACGGGCCGCGAGACAUUCGCGUAGAAGUCGUGGAUGACCCUCCGCCUCCUGCAUCGCAUGAGGUCACUCUCGACGUCCUCUGGGGAGGCAUUUGCGGCACUGAUCUUCACGAAUACGUCUCAGGACCCAUGACCAUCAACAAACCCGAGAAACCACAUGGUAUCACUGGAGAUCAUCUCCCAGUAUCGUUCGGCCACGAAUUCUGUGGACGCGUGUCAGCCCUACCGGAUGGAUACAACGGUCCUUUGAAGAUGGGCACGCCGAUCAUGGUCGAUCCACGGAUCAUCUGCCGUGAGUGUCCAGCGUGUACGUCUGGCCUUGACAACAUCUGUCCCAAUUGGGGAUACAUUGGUCUCAACGGUGGCGGAGGCGGUGGCGGCGGGCUUUACGUGGACCUGAACAGUGUCGUGCUCUGCCAGCCGCUGACUGUCGGUCGACAUGCUCUUGGGACGAGCGGUUUGACUAAUUUCCAAGGCGUGAAUGUGCUUGUGCUUGGAGGCGGGCCGGUCGGACUCGCAGUGGUACUGAACCUCAGAGCCAAAGGCUGUGGUGUAGGAGGCAGUGGCAGAGUGUUCAUCAGCGAGCCCACCACGAAGCGGAGACAGAUGAUUAAGGAUCUCGAGCUGAGCAGGGAUGUCCUGAACCCGGUCGAGGUGAAUGUGGCAGAGGUGUGCCGUGAAGCGACGGGUGGUGUUGGCGUCGAUGUCGUCUUUGACUCUGCAGGGGCUGAAUCUGCGAUGCUGGCAGGGAUGGAAAGCCUGAAGCUCAGGGGCACAUAUGUCAACAUUGCUGGAUGGAGAGAGCCGUUCAAAAUUCCGAUGCAAUUCGCAAUGUUCCGGGAGAUCAACAUUAAGUUCAGCCUUGGCAACAACGACGAAGACUACAGAGAUGUUGUUCAAGACUUUGUUGCUGGGAAGUUUGCUGGUGCCCACAAGUUGAUCACCCGUCGGCUUCCCGUGGCAGACCUGGCCGAGCACGGAUUGGAAGAACUGGUAAGGAACAAGGAUGACCAUGUCAAAAUUGUUGCCACCUGGAAAGACGACUUGCUCAGUGCGUCAAGAUUGUGA